AUGAGCGCCAUGAAGUUCUGCCGCGAGUGCAACAACAUCCUGUACCCCAAGGAGGGGAAGGACCGGCGCGUGCUCCUCUACGCGUGCCGCAACUGCGAACACCAGGAGGUCGCCGACAACAACUGCGUCUACCGCAACGAGGUGCACCACGCCGCCGCGGAGCGUACACAGGUUCUCCAGGAUGUUGCCGCUGACCCCACUCUGCCCCGGAACAAGGACGUCCGCUGCGCUGCCUGCGGUCACGGCGAGGCCGUUUUCUUCCAGGCUACAGCAAGAGGGGAGGAGGGGAUGACUCUGUUCUUCGUCUGCUGCAACCUCUCCUGCGGUAACCGGUGGAGGGACUGA